AUGGAUCAACUAACACCUACUGUGAAAAAAAGAACAGUUUUCGAAUCUGGAGGAAAAACUAUCAUAGCACUUUCUCAAGAUGAAAACAGAUUGAUUGCUGCUAAUAAAAACGGUAUUACAAAGAUCCUACUAUUGAAUAAACCCGAAGAUGAACCUGAAGUUAUUCAAGUAUCAGAGAAUUUAACAUCCUUAAAGGCUUUAUCAAAUGAAAGGUUUGUCUUGACCACAGUGAAAGGGGAUGCAUUUGAGUACAAUUAUAAAGGUCAAAGAGAAACAUUAUUAUUAAGAACAUCUCUACCCUUGCGUGAUUGUUCAUUGAUUCAUAAUGGGAAAACAAUUGUUUUUGCCAGCGAUGAUUUAGAAUUGGUUACAGUUGAUUUACCUGAGGACUCGGAGUCAGCAGAUCCAUCGAAGAGAUCUAAAUCUAACCAAAUUCUAACAUUACCAGAUCAAAUCUCUCAAUUAUCUUACUCUUUCAAGACCAACAUUUUAGCCGUUUCCUUAAUUAAUGGGAACGUCCAAUUUUAUUCAUUAUCUUCGGCUCAACCUAAUAAAGUACAUCAAUUAGACAAAUGUGUACUACCUAACUCCUAUCAGUCAUUUGAUAAAACAGGUGACACGCAGGAAAAAAAAUCCAACAAACUUGAUGAGCUAUUAGAUGAUGACUUGUCAGACUUAAGUGAUGUUGAAAAUGAUGACGAAAAAGUCACUGAUCCUGAAUUUGUGGACGCCAAUAGAAUUUGUACUCGUAUCACAUGGCAUCCAACAGGGUUAUGGUUUGCAGCACCAAGUACAACCGGAACCGUUAAAGUAUUCACUUUGAAGAAUUAUUCUUUAACUGAGACAUUAUCUGCAGAAACGUCAAAGAAGUUAAUCGAUGUUCAAUUUGACACAACAAAUGGUGAAUAUAUUGCAGCCAUUGAUAUGGAUAAUAGAUUAACUGUUUGGAAAUGGAAAACAGGUGAAACCAUAUAUUCGAAACAGUUCAAGCACAUGCAAUUGACUAACUUGCUAUGGAAAUCUAAUGGAGAAUCACUUGAUAUAAUACUUGGUUCAUGGACCGGUAUAAUUACUACAGUCAGCAAUGUCGCAAAGUCCUCAUCUACAAAAAUCGAUGAUAAAGAAAAUCACUCUGAUGAUAAUGCUACCAAAUCUACUAAAAACGGGUUGUUUGUAGAUUCUGAUGAUGACGAAGAAGGUAUGACUAGUGCUGGGGGUCAAAUAAACCCAAAUAUUGAUACAGUUGCCAUGGAGAAUGAUAAUGACGACAACCAGGAAGGAGCCGACGAUGAUAACAUGGCCCUCUUUGGAGAUGAUAACGAAACAAACAAAAGAAAAUACCAUUUCGAUGAUGAAGAUGAUUUCAUUGAUGAUGAUGAUAAUGGUGGAUAUAUUGAAAGAAACAGUUCUGGUAAUGUACGGAAAUCAAAAUCACACAAAUCAGGCAAUUUUGCAAACGUCGGAUUUUCGAAUCUAAGCAAGUUUAAAUACAAGCCAAUGUCCCCUGGGGCAACCCCAUUUGCUGCAUCCGAUAGACGCUACUUAACUAUGAACAAUAUUGGUUAUGUUUCUACUGUACGUAAUAAUGGCCAAUAUAGUAUUACAGUGUCCUUUUUUGACCUUGGAAGAUUUAACGAAUAUCAUUUCGAGGAUUUAUUUGGUUAUGAUAUUUGUUUUCUGAAUGAAAAUGGUACACUAUUUGCACAAUCGAAGACUGGGCAGUUACAUUAUAGACCUCACAAUACCCUACAUUCUACAUGGACUAAAUUAGUAUCUUUGGCUGAGGGGGAGAUAAUUACAUCGAUUGCGUCAACCAGUCACAGAGUGAUUGUUGGUACCUCUUCGGGUUACUGUACAUCUUUCAAUGAAUAUGGUCUUAUUUUGAGUAUGGAGAAAGUAUCUCCUAUUGUAUUAUUAACAGCAUAUGAUUAUAGAGUGUUUAUUAUUCAUUAUUCACCUUACCAUGGAAUAUCGUAUUCCCUAUUUGAACAAUCCCCAACAAAGUCAGUAUACUAUCAGAGGGAAACUUCGCUGCCAAUUACCCUACCAAAUACAUUAACAGAUAAAAAUAAAGUGUCUGAUCCGGAUUAUGACCGUUUUAACUCUACUGGUAUAAAAAGUGUCUUUUUCUCAUUAUAUGGUGAUCCAUGUGUCUUUGGCUCUGAUAAUGUUUUGUUGGUAUUAAGUAAAUGGAGAUCUAAUACUGAGUGUAGAUGGUUACCAAUUUUGGACACAGAUAUGGAAAUUUGGAAGAUGACGGGUGGAAAAGAAGAUUCUGAUGUCCAUGUUUGGCCCCUAGGCCUAACAUAUGAUACUUUGAACUGUGUCCUAGUUAAAGGUAAGAAACAAUGGCCAGAAUUCCCAUUACCUCUACCGUCUGAAAUGGAAGUCAAAAUUCCAGUUUUAGUUAAGAGCCAACUAUUAGAAGAACAUAAACUAAAAUUGAAAAAUGAUUCCGAAGAAAAUGAAUUUGAUAGAGAUUUAAAUGAAUCAGAUGAUGAUCAAGGAACCAAUGUCGAGAAAGAGAUCACUGUGCCUGUAAAUAUCGCAGCCGAAGAAGAAUAUGUACGUUCGAAAGUUCUAUCUUCUUUAUUAACAGAUACAAUAGAGAAUGAUGGUGAAAUGUAUGGUAACGAAAACGAUUUACUUCAAGCUUUAGUAGGUAAUUUCGAUAAAUCCCUACUUAGAUUAUUUGCCGUCGCAUGUUCCAGUCAAAAUACAGAAAAGGCUCUUUCAAUAGUACAAGAGUUGAAACAAGAUAGAGCAUUAACUGCUGCUGCUAAAAUCUCAGAAAGAGCAGAAAUGAUGACUUUGACGAAACGUAUUAACGACUUAAGAGAAACAAGAUUUGAACAGCAAAUCAAUAAUAUAUAG